GCUUAAUAUUCUUUAUCGGCAUUCUUUCACACAACCAGCAAAUGUAUAAUUUGCUUGGCAAAUAAUAGGUAAAGUGAAAAAGACGAUUAUCAGUUAAUAUCAUGCUUUGAUUCUUAGACUCGCAGGUCAAUUAGUUGUAUGGUGACCACGAAUAUGACACGAAGAAGUAAAGUAAUCGAACCGCGUAUAAUAUAAAAUACAAACAGGUUUAACAUUUGCAAGACAUUAUACGUAUUAACGGUACAUCGGUACGUGCUUCUUCUAGUCUAUUGACUAUAAUACUGUUCGCAAAUAUCUACCGAUGGGAAGUUUAAUACAUCAUUUGAAUUAAUUCAACCGCAUUGAGUACUUGAACUUCAUUGAAUUUUGUAAAUAAUUUUUGUGUGUGACUGAAUGAUGUGAUUUUGAGUACGUUUUCUGUGCAUGAAACGUUUAAACAUUUUUUUAGGCAUGUUAAAAAACGGUAGAUUUCUAAUUGCAUUUGUGGUGCUGUUUAGUUGCUGUGAAAAUGGAGUAACAAACGCAGUUCGCAUACCAAGGGCAAUACCACUAGCCGAUAGUGAUGUUCUUACCAUUCGCGAUAACGCUCUAAACAACAGUGAAUCCGUAUUAGGAACCGAUCGUAAUCCGUUUGUUCAAUGGAUAGCCGGACUUCUUGGCUUCACAACUACGGAAAAACCGUCGAUAUUAAUGCCACCGGAAAAAUGUGAUGAUUGCAAAUGUGGCAGAAUAAAUACAAAGAAUCGAAUAGUCGGUGGCGAAGAGACACAAGUUAAUCAAUAUCCAUGGAUGGCAUUGUUAAUGUAUUCUGGUAGAUUCUACUGUGGCGGUACACUAAUUAAUGACCGGUAUGUAUUAACUGCAGCGCAUUGUGUGAGUGGCUUCAAUAAGGACAGAAUCAGUGUGCGUUUGCUGGAACACGAUCGAUCAACGAAGGAUGGAACAUCAACGAUAACACUAAAUGUGAAACGAAUUGUCAAACAUGCGGGCUAUGCUUCCUCUAACUUCAAUAAUGACAUAGCUCUUUUGCAAUUGACUGAAACAGUUAAAUUCGACACUCUUCUGCGACCAGUGUGUCUUCCAACGCCCGGAAAAAGUUUUACAGGGCUAGACGGUAUCGUAACAGGUUGGGGAGCUACGUCAGAGCAUGGCGACAUUUCAGAUACGCUAAUGGAAGUUACUGUUCCAAUUCAAUCGAACGAUGAUUGUAAAAAAAGUGGUUAUGGAGAGUCUAGAAUCACCGAAAACAUGCUCUGUGCUGGGUUUAAGGAAGGGAAAAAAGACUCGUGUCAGGGUGAUAGCGGCGGACCGAUGCAUAUAAAAAACGACACCAUAUAUCAAAUCGUAGGUGUGGUGUCCUGGGGUGAAGGUUGUGCAAAGCCGAAUUUUCCAGGAGUAUACUCAAGAGUAAACAGGUACGGAACGUGGAUCAGAAGCAACACAAAGGACGCCUGUUAUUGCGAACCCUGACCGAUUUCUUACUAGCUGAAAAUAAAUUAUUUAACUAUAAAAUUGAA